CUUGGGGGCAGCAGCCACUGGCUGUCUCUGUCCCAGGGAAGCUUCAGGGACCCUGGGACCCAGGAGACGUGGUCAAAAAGAAGCUCCUGAGAGGGACACGGAUCAUUGGGAACCAAGGACACUCCAAGUGCUGACCCCGGGAGGCCAGAUCCAGGGGCAGAAGUCUCGUGGGCGUGCGGAGUGUCAUUCAGCAGUUCCAGAAGGCCCACCACCACCCACCGCCACCAGGCCACGAUGGUUCUUGGCUGGCUCCUGCUCCUGGUGAUGGCUCUGCCCACAGUCAUGACAGGCACCAAGGACCGCAUCUUCUAUGAGCUGACCGAGUCCUUGACCUGCCCUGGCACCAACAAAGACUGCAUGCUGUCCACUCCCUAUGGGCACCCUGAAGAUCCUGUCACCUACCAGCUCAUCUCCACCUGCCAUUAUGGUGAACUGUGUAACAGGGCCGCGACCCCUGCAGACAGCCUGAAGGCUGGGACCACCACAGGCCGGAUGCUGCGUGUGCUGCUGCUGCUUCAAUGACUGUGACCAGCGUGGAGGGAACGGCCUGGGACUAGUCUAAGGACACCGCUGCUCCUUGUGCCUCCUGCCCCCCUGUUUCCCCUCCCCCUUCCCCCCAUUCAAUGGCCAGAGGCCCUAGACAAAAAAUAAAA